AUGGAGGGAUUUGAUUCAGCAGACUCAUUUAAUUCAUUAACGAAGUCUUUGGUUAACUGCAUAUCAAAUGGAAAUAAAACGAACAAUUUGAAUAACACAAUGGACGAGAAACUCGAUAUCAAUGUCGGAAUAAUUCCUUCGUCUCACCCCGGCGAUGAUGGAAGAGAAUUCGUUUGUUUCCUUCCGUUGUUCUUAAUAUCUCUGUCUUUGUUCCUGUUUUGCAAUACAUGUCCUGAGUACUUUUUCCGGAAGAGGAUUAAAGUAAAAAAAAGGCGGUACAUACACGUCAAGAAAAAGUGUGGUUGUAUUUAUGUAUACGAAAGUACGAAACUACUUGAUGACGACGAGAAAAAUUGUGGCUGUAAUACGAAACUACUUGAUCCAUAA